AUGCUUCAUGUUGAACCGAAACGUAGAGCAAAUGAUAGUCAUUAUCCGGAGCAGUUUGGACAUCCACAGCCAAAUGAGUUUGAAGUACUAGAGGAAAUCGGGCGUGGUUCUUUUGGGUCGGUUCGCAAAGUUAUACACAUUCCUUCGUCGAAGCUAAUGGUUAGAAAGGAGAUAAAAUACGGAAAUAUGAAUGCACGCGAAAGACAGCAGCUUAUAGCAGAGUGCUCAAUAUUAGCAAGGCUCCGCCAUGAAAAUAUAGUGGAAUUUUACAAUUGGGGUCAUUCAUCUUCAGUUAAGAAUAAUGCUGAUUUAAUGGAUGAUGGUGAAGUACUUUAUCUCUACAUGGAAUAUUGUUCUUAUGGAGAUUUAUCUCAUAUGAUAAAGCAUUAUAAAAACCAAAGAAAAUACAUCAGCGAAGCCGAUGUAUGGAGGAUAAUGGUUCAGGUACUUCUCGCUCUGCAUAAAUGUCAUACAUCUAAUGAUAUACCACCUCUAGAGACAAUAUAUGAUAAUAUACCGAAGCAAUACGAUGAUAAGCUCGGAAAAGGUAAUUUGGUGAUUCAUAGAGACUUAAAACCAGGUAAUAUAUUCCUGAAAGGGGAUGAAAAAGGUAAGAGAGGGUCGCAUAUAAAUUACAGCAAGGUAUGUGUCAAACUUGGUGAUUUUGGGCUGGCAAAAUCCCUACAAUCAAGCAUUGAGUUGGCUACAACAUAUGUUGGAACGCCAUACUAUAUGUCCCCGGAAGUCCUAAUGGAUCAGCCUUAUACACCAUUGAGUGAUAUAUGGUCUUUUGGUUGCGUUGUAUUUGAGAUGUGUUCUUUGCGUGUUCCUUUUCCAGCCAAAAACUUCAUGGAAUUACAGAGGAAGAUUCAAAAUGGUAGCAUAGACCCACUUCCCGAGCAUUAUAGUCGAGAUUUAGAGCAAUUGGUACGCUCAUGCAUUCAAAUAAAUGAAAAUAACCGUCCCAGUGCAUUCGAUCUACUUAAAGGAAUGCAGAUGAGGAUAGCAAGGAAGGCUUUACAACUAGAAAGGUUUGAAAGCCGGCUUCUGGAAUAUGAGAAGGAGUUAACCAUGAUCGGAGAAAUGUUAGAAAAACAAGCCAAGGAUUAUGACAAAGAACUUAAGGAUAUUAAGACACAGUAUAGGAUAGAUUUUGAAAAUGCAGUAGAUAAAAGGAUGCGAGAGCUCAUCGGUGUAAAACGCGCUCAAGUAACGCCUGAAAAUCACGGAAGAUAUCACACUCGUCCACAUUCUCUUCCCCGCAGACCCUGA